UUUCUUGGUUUCUGGUUUUCCUUUGGUUUUCAGGGGUUGUCUGUGUGUUUGGGUUUUGUUUUUGUUUUGGGUUUUUUUGAGAAAAUGGCAGCUUUAAAUGAAAAGAAGACCUGCAGCCAACGGAUGGAAAAUUUCAAGCGUUUUGUCUGGAAUCCAGAUACAGGACAGUUAAUGGGAAGGACCUUAAUUAACUGGGUGUGGAUCAGUCUGUACUAUGUUGCUUUCUAUGUGGUGAUGACUGGGCUGUUUUCACUCGCAAUAUAUUCCUUAAUGAGGACAAUCAAUCCAUAUACACCGGACUAUCAAGAUCGAUUAAAAUCGCCAGGGGUAACGUUACGACCAGAUGUUUAUGGUGAUGGAGGAUUAGAAAUUUAUUACAACGUAUCUGACAAAAGCUCCUGGGAGAACUACGUAUCAGUUCUCCACACAUUUCUUUCGGCAUAUAAUACGACUGCACAACAUGCCAACAUCAACUGCACAAGUGAGAAAUACUUCUUUCAAAACUCAUUCCUUGGCCCAAACAAAACAAAAUACUCCUGCAAGUUCACAUCAGAUAUGCUGGAAAACUGCUGUAACAAAGAAAAUUCCACUUUUGGAUUUCCAGAAGGAGAACCAUGUUUAAUUAUAAAAAUGAACCGAAUUAUCAAUUUUUUGCCUGGCAAUGGCACUGCACCAAGAGUGAACUGUACAGCUCACCAUCAUGAUUCCAGUCCACUGGAACUACAAUACUACCCAGUUAACGGCACCUUUAGCCUUCACUACUUCCCUUACUAUGGGAAAAAAGCACAGCCAACCUACAGUAAUCCUUUGGUAGCAGUGAAAUUUCUCAAUAUUACAAGGAAUAAAGAAAUUACCAUUGUGUGCAGAAUCAUUGGAGCUGGAAUCACCUACGAUAAUCCUCAUGACCCAUAUGAAGGAAAAGUGGAGUUCAAAAUGAGAAUACAAGAUUAGGUAUUACUGGUACAAAUGAAGACAUUUUAGAAAAGUGUGUGUGUGAUGAAAAGUGACUUAAAUGUCACCACAUUUUAUACAUAUUUUUUCUCCAUGAUUUCCAUAUAAAAUUUGCUCAGAUUUCAGUUUAAAAAACCAUUUUGUUAAUGCCAAUAUUGCAAGAUCAUCCCACCAUAAAAAAAAAAAUCACGAUAUAAUUUACAAUGUAUGAAGCAAGAAGGUAGUAAUUUGGAUGAUGUAUAAAUAGAAUUUCCUAUUCCAUGGCUACUGUAUGUGAGUGUUUUAGCACAAAUAUUAGUAUGAAAUGGGCUUUGUCUACAUUGAGCAUAUAUGAUUCAUGAAAAGCAUGGACAGAAUACUGAGAUGUCUAUUUUAGUCACUUUUCUGGACACAACUAAUAAUGAUUCUAUACAUGGCCAUGGUAGAAGCACUCCAACAGCUGCAAAACACAAUACCCUCAUGUUUUGAAAUACAAGUUUUCAAUGUAAUUUAAUUAGUUUUAUUCACUUAGUAAAAGUGUAAAGUGUAUUGAAAUCUAAGUAUCAUGCAUUAAUAUAUUUGGUAAUAUUUAGUCAGCCAUAUUAUUUGUUUUGUGGUACAUAACUGGCUGUAAAAGAAGGGACCUGAAAAUUAGACUGUGUAGUUUAUGUAUCUGGUAUUACAGCAAUUGGAAAAUGUGCAUGUGUUUCAUUUAAUAAAAACUAAUCAGUGAAAAUGUAGUAUCUUACUACAUCAAUCAGAAUUGGGGUGAAAUCACAAGUGAACAAAGAGUAUAUUAUUUCUGUAAAAUAGUUACCCCUAUGGAAUUUUGACUAGCUAAUGGAUUGAAUGGAGCCUGAAAAAUGAAACAUAUUUGAUUACUCUGAGGAAAUUCUGAGUCAUUGCACAUGUGCAUAAUUAAUGAUCCAUGCAUUUUUGUGGAGGAAAAAAAAAAAAAAGCUUCCGCUAUAAAUUGCGGUAGUUCUGCCUUUUACCCACCAGAGUCAAACAGAAUAGAGCAGCAAUUCUUUCCCCCCACUAGGGGAGAGAAAGAGUUUGUCUUCUUCACAGCACUUCUUGGGCCAGGUCAGGCGCAAUAGGGAGACAGUAUAGGGCUGCUGGAGGGUCAGAACAGGGCUCAUAAGGGCUAGGGGAUGGAGGAAUGAGGCCACAAUAGGAAGGGAGGUGCAGGGCCAAAUGGAGAUGGAGGAGGUACAAGGUUACAUGGGGAGAUGAGUGGCUGAGUGGGGCACAGAGCCACAUGGGCACAAGGGUAUAAGGCCAGAGCUACAUGGGCCAAGUACUGAUGUACCUGACUGAAUGGGGGAGUAAAAGGGGGGUCAAGCCAGAGUCUGCAUGGGGGAAGCUCCCUAUUCCAUACUUUUCCAACUCAUACCCAACAGUCUUCCAAGUUCAGACCCAGGCUUCUGUCUAGCUAUAUCCUUCUCCCUUGGCUCCUCCAUUAUCCCUAGCUAUAUCGUUUGCAUUGCUCGUGAGGGGUGCAAUAAAUAAGUUUCUGUAUAGUAGUCUAAAUGAAUUAGAACACAGAGUUCUGUAUUAAUAUACCUGCUAAGUAAUCUAUUUGUCAAAAAAAAAUCCUGAAUCUUUUUUGUUAUCUGUAUUGUUACAGACAUAAAAAAAUAAUUGCUAUUGGAGGUGCUACAUUGUUUUAUUUUGACACAAAAUAUGCAGAAAAUUUUUAAUUUUUUCUUGCAGAUUUUUUUUU